AUGAAGUUUGCAGCAGUGGUCUUGUUUCUGGUGGUAUGUUUGGCUGUUGGCGUCCAUUCUGCCAAAAAACAGCUGACGCUUAAUGGAAAAGCUCACAUUCAGUUUUUCGGACCGAAAGACGAGAUAUGGAACGGUUUAUCUCACGGUAAAAUUAAUCAUAACAGUUAACCAAUGAUUUCAGUAUUUUCGUAAGCAUUUCUGGAACUAGCAGUCUUCACCGCAUGCGAUAGAAAUGAGUUAACAUCCACCGAAAACAUUAUUUUUUGAAGUUUUAAUGAAAACAUGUAUGGGGCGAAAAUCAUCAGAAAAUUACCUUUCCGCUUUUCGGCCUCAACAUCGAACAUAAAAUUUAGGGCAGUAAGAUAUACAAUUCAUUUUCUUAUUUCCCCUUUUUACCAUUUCCUCUUCUCAAGGCAACCGGUAUCCCAUCAUUACCAGUGGUGACAUCAUUGCAUUGCGAUCGGCGUACAAUUCAGGAAGUUACGUGAAGUAUUGGCUGUAUUGUCACACAUCUUACUGCCUUUUUACUUCCGGACCAAGCAAAGUGAUGACCACAUCGAAAUGGUCCUCCUUGAAUGAUUACGCCAAGUUUAUGAUCACUGCAAGAGGAAAGAUGGAUGGACAGCCGAUCAACAGUGGAGAUACAGUGAUACUGAGCUCGCAAAAGUAUGGCUCUAAAUAUUGGCUCAGAUGUUGGACAUCCACAACCUAUCAAUGUCGUUGCAGUUCGUAAGUAUCACGAUAUCGAUCCUACCGAUAGAUUUUGAAAUUUAUGAUAAAAUUGGAUCAUAGGUGAGAAACAGAGAACAAAUAAAAGGAAUAUGAUAACAAGGUUAAACUCUGAACAAUUAUAGGAAAUCAAAAAGAGAAUGAAUUAAAUGAAUACAUAACAAGGUAAAGGUAAAGCAACCAUAUUUUACGUCGAUAACUCGUGACAGUAAUAACUGACAAACUUGGAGGUCGACGGUGCGCUCAUUUUACCCCUCCCCCCCUCUCCAUCAAUGCUCCGUUUUAAGCGUAUUUAAUGCUAGUUAAAGCUACACAGAAAGGAGAGAAGUUGAAACAAGGAUGUGAUGUCAUCGGGGAUCAAACUCGGGACCUCGCGCACCUAUGGCCGCCCACUAACCAACUGUGACACCCUUGCUCCUGUAACGCUUCUUCAAAACACAUUGUGAACUUGUCACUUUUUCAUCGUUCAUUCGAGGAGUAAAGGGCCCCCCUAUUUGAAAAUGUUAUGUGGUCAUCUAUUCAUUUGUUAAAUUUUUUUUACUUGCACAGAUUUAGAAGUAAGAUCCUGUCAAGUGACUGGUUAACCUACAGUUACGCCACCUUCCAGAUCUACUCCAGGUACGCUCCCGAGGGAACCCCUAUACAAUACCGCGAUAUUGUGGCGUUCAAAUAUCCCUUCGCAGGCUACAGUACCUGGCUGUACUACUCUUCUGGCCGCUUUUACACCAAGGGCUGCAGCUACUACAACAAAGCAUCAUGCGCAACUGAAAACACUACUACUGGAUUAAGGAUCUUCAAGAAGCUGUGAAACGAUCAUGUUGCGACUAAACUGUAAAACAAACUUGCAACAAUUCAAUGACUGAAAGCGUCUGAUAAAAAUUCAGUAACAAUAAUUAAUUAAGCUUGAAAAUACUUUUUGGCAUGUUUGGUAAAGAAGAAAACAAAACAAAACGAACAAUAAACGCGAUGUGGAAAAAUGUCUGUUGUGCCAAGCCUGAAAGUUGUUUUUACUGAAAUAAUCCUUUGAUGAGCUUUCAGCCACGGUUUUAUUGCAUGUUAAACUGUGCCUUAAACAUUACUCGUCAAUAAAGGCGUUCUAAACUG